AUGGCUGAAGACUCAGAACUAUGGGACAUCAUCUGUGAUGGUCCACAUGUUCAUAUGAAGAAGCUUGAAGAAACUGGACCAAUGGUGCCGAAAGACAAAAAAGAGUACAGCGACAUUGACAAAAAAGCCAUAGAAAAGAACUAUCAUGCCAAGAAAAUCUUGGUGUGUUGCAUAGGACCCGAUGAGUACAACAGAGUCUCAGCUUGUGAUACUGCCAAAGAAAUAUGGGAAGCGUUGCAAACCGCACACAAAGGAACUACUCAGGUUAAACAGUCCAAGAUUGACAUGAUCACCACAGAAAAUAAAGGAAGUGAAAGGAGAGAGCUGAAGAAGGAAAAGAACCUGGUACUCAAAGCUAAAAGCAGUGACUCAAGUGCUGAAGAUAGUGACAUGGCAUAUCUUACUAAAAGAUUUCAAAAGAUGGUUCGAAGAAAUGGUGGUAUACCAAAGAGAGGAAGUACAAGUAAAGCAAGGAACAAUGACAUCUGUCACAGGUGCAGAAAGCCAGGGCAUUUCAUCAAAGAUUGCCCACUCGCGAAAUAG